AUUUUCUGUGCAAGAGCAAAUAUUGUAUUGUAUAAACAAAUAUGUGACUGACAAUGAGAAAUGAUGAAUGUCAGUAAUAGAAAAUCUCUAAAAUUUACAAUAGAUUCGCGAAUGAAAACUAAAUAAAAUAAAUAUAAUAUAUAUAAAUAUUUUGCAUAUACAAAUCUCUGUUAGACAUUGUGACUCGCGUGCAUCCCACGCAUAAUUUCUCGGCGCGUUUCAUCUGCAUGCGAUCGCAUCUUAGCUUAGUGAUCCACCAGUCGACAGUUAGUUGCCACGAGUCGACGGGUUUGGUCGACUCGGCCGCUGCAUCGUCCUGGAGCGCUUCCCACCGUUGCAGCGCAGCCUCAUCAUAGCCCCUCGUGGCGCCGACGAGGAGAACCGCACUGAUCUCGUAUCCCCUUUGUGUGAGAGCCGCCCGACCUUUGACAUCGGUCUCGCGACGAAAGCCUACCAGCAGGCGCCGAGCGGUCGACGAUCUUCCCCUUCGAGCUCCGAGCUCUUCUAGAUUAUUACCGUCCACGAUACUCCUUGACGUUUCUCUCGUCUCCCCUCAGCUGAGAACAUCAUGCUACCGAGAUUGACGCUGUCGACUGCUCUGUUCCUCUUAACAAUAGCAGUUAUAUUGUCCGAGGGAUGCGAGUUGGAUCAGAUGCGAUACGGAUGUCGCAUCUACAAUGCACAAUGCAGUUGCGGCUACGGCUGCAAAUCUGAAUACAGAUAUAAUAACAAUGAUGAUUGCAAGCUAGCGCUGAAAGGAGGACGUAGCGACAUAUGUUCUCGAUCGAAGCCUUGUCUGAACGAAGGCUCAUGUUCCCAAAUAUCAUCGGAGCCCGGAUUUAAAUGCCGCUGCGAAGGAACUGGAUUCUACGGCACUUAUUGCGAGACACGUUGUCCACAAGCGGACAAUUUACUUUUCCAAGGGCAAUUCCCUUACGAAUGUGUUAUAAUUUAAAUCGUUCUUCUUCUUAUUCUUUCAUCAUGAUCCAAAUUCGUCUUAAUAUGAUACAUACGUACAAAAAAAGAAAUGUAUCUCAUAAGACAUAUUUACACAUCUUUGUACAUACAUAAUAAAUAUUAACAUACAA